AUGACGUCGCUAUUCCUAAGCCGUGCUGCGACACGCAUGCUCGCCAAGCCCAGCGUGGGUUGCGUGCGUACGAUUUCUUCGACAAACGUGUGGCAACGGGCGCAUCCUUCCGGCCCUGAUGGCCAGACAGGACCAUUGCAAGUGUCGCCCGUGCAUGACACACUGAAUGUGGCGCAGGAUCACCCGCAGCCAUCACGCAGCAGGCAUUCUGUGCGUCCACCAAAGCAGGAGCCAGACUUCUCCGAGGGGCUCAGCUCGCUUGAAAAGGCUGGACGCCUUUUCCUCUUCACUGAGAUGGCGCGUGGCUUGUGGAUGACCUUGGAAAACUUCUUCCGUCCUCCAUACACGAUCCAGUACCCAUUUGAAAAAGGGCCGGUCAGCCCGCGUUUCCGUGGCGAGCAUGCGCUUCGUCGGUACCCAACAGGGGAAGAGCGUUGCAUUGCUUGCAAGCUGUGUGAAGCCAUUUGCCCAGCGCUCGCUAUUACGAUCGAGAGCGAGCCUCGUAUGGAUGGUUCGCGCCGUACGACGCGUUAUGAUAUUGAUAUGACCAAGUGCAUUUACUGUGGUAUGUGCCAGGAGGCAUGUCCAGUCGACGCUAUUGUCGAGACACAAACGCUUGAGUUUGCGACAGAAACGCGUGAGGAGCUCUUCUAUAACAAGGAAAAGCUUCUCGCCAAUGGCGACCGGGCGGAGGCUGAGAUUGCCUCCAAUAUUUAUGCUGACCAUCUGAUGCGCUAA